AUUGCUUGCAUAAGAAAAAAACAUGGCAUUACAUUUCUCGGUCCCCAGCCAAACACAAGUUACUAUACCAAGUACUCAUUACAACAGCCUUACACCCGCAACCAAUCACUCCAUAUCUUCAUUUUUUAGUGGAAAAAAAUUAAUAACAAAUCUCCAUUCAAGGGGGGUUUAUUACACCAACAAUAACAAGGCUGCCAAAAAGCAAACACAAAUCAUCAAAGCUUCUUCAUCUUCUUCAGAAACAAUGACAACUACUAUUGAGAAAUCUGGAAUUAAAAUUGUUAAAAAUCCUCCUGAAUCAAAACUUACUGAUCUUGGUGUUAGAUCUUGGCCCAAGUGGGGAUGCCCUCCAAGCAAAUUUCCAUGGACGUAUUCGUCAAAAGAGACAUGCUUUCUUCUGAAAGGGAAGGUGAAGGUGAUCCCCGAUGGAUCCAAUGAGGCUGUGGAGUUUGGCGCCGGCGACUUGGUUGAGUUCCCAUCCGGUAUGAGCUGCACAUGGGAUGUUUCAGAAACUGUUGACAAACAUUACAAAUUUGAGUAGUUUCUUUGUCUCAGAAUCAUCUAAUGUGGUGUGACUGUGGUAAACUGUAUUAUUUAGUUAUAAAAAACUGCUUGGCAUGAUUA